UAGCCCCGCCCCCAGCGGUGGCGCGAGAUCCGAACGUUGGCGGAGGCGGUGGUGCCGGUUCCUGAGGCGGCUGGAGCCCGACCCGCGGAAGGCAAGCGAGGCCUCCUCAGCCGCCAUGGGGCGCUCAGGCCCCGAGGAGGAGGCCUGCGGCGUGUGGCUGGACGCGGCGGCGCUGAAGAGGCGGAAGGUGCAGACACAUUUAAUCAAGUCAAGAACCAAAAUGCUACCUCUCUUGCCUAGGGAGAGAAAGGAUACUCAAAGAACUCCACCUGCAGGCGUUCGGCAGACCAGCAUUGCUUCCUUCCUCACCUUGCAGUCGGGAAAGAAAAAUGGUGAUCAGAGGAGUGUUUCAUCAUAUAUAGAAAGUCAGACCAACAGAGAGUCUAAGAAAGAUGCGACCCAGCUAGACCAUCUGACCCAGGGCUUGGGCGAUGAUUUCAUGGCACCCCCUUUAGCCUCUUCAACCCCUACAGACAUCCAGGAAGCUGGACUUUCUCCUCAGUCCCUCCAGGCUUCUGGCCACCACAGACUGGGAACCCCAUUCUUGACUGUGCUGUCUUCGUUCCAGCCUGAGACUAACUUAGUCUGUGGUGGAGAGAAUCAAGACUCACUGGCUUGUUCCUUCACCCAGGACGUGGAGAGUUCUUGCUUGCUGGACCAAAAGGAGGGAGAGAAGGAUUCUUCCUGGAAAAGGGAAUGGCUUCAUGGAUCUAAGAAAAAGAACCGCCAGGGUAUGGAGAGACGCAGUAAACCACCUGGGGGCAAGGGCCUACAGCCCUGGGACAAGCCUAAAUUGGAAAAGAGGUCUGCCAAAGAAAACAGGCAGGCCCCUGUCCUCUUUCAAACUUACAGGGAGUCCUGGAGUGGAGAAAACACAGAGGCAGUGAAACAAAGGUCUUGUCCUGUUCCUGUGGUCUCCUGGGACAGUGAGAAGGAUGACAGGGACUCCUGGAGUCAGCUUUUCACUGAGGAUUCUCAGGGCCAGCGGGUCAUUGCUCACAACUCCAGAGUUCCUUUCCGAGAGGUAACCAACAGUUGGAAUCAGGGUUUAGGGCAGUUUCCUAGCAGCCCUGGGGCUCAGUGCCAGGAUAGGCUCACUCAGUUAAACCUGCAGCCUGAUUUGCUCUUUACCCAGGACUCUGAAGUCCAAGCUCUAGUUCGGCAAGACUGUUGCAGAAAACUUCUGAUGGAGAGACAGAAACAUCUGCGGUGA